AAUGCGUCCGACAUUUGCAUAAUAAUAAAACCAAAACAAAAGCCGAAACAAAAACAAAACUGAAGCGAAACAUGAAUAAAGACAAAAACAAAAACGAAAUUUGAGCAGAGAACGAUGACACACUAUUGUAAAUGUAUCUGAAUCUGAAUCCGUAGUUGUAGUUGUUUUUCUGGGAGAGAGUGAAAGCUUUUCACUGAGCACCUUGAAAGCUCAGUUCUCCGGUUUCGCCCUUUUGCUUUGUGCCGCUCGUUCGCAUUGUUCGCUCUUUGUUUUUCUCAUUGUCCUGAUCGUGUUGUUGUCGCUGUUAAUACGAAAUAGUAAAGAUUCCAAUUCCGAUUUCAUUUCCGUUUCCCUUUCAUUCGAUUCUCUUCGUUCCGUUUCGUUUCGCCCGCCGACUUUGAAAACCGGAUAAAACCAUUGUCCAACUUUGUCCUUCUUCUCCCUGGUCACCGGCCUUUACGUCCUGCACUUCUCCAUAGCCCUGAUCUUGGUCAACAAGGAGGUGCCCCAAACGCGUGGAAUGCUAUAUCCCAGGGAAUCGGAGACGCGGGAGGUGCGAUCUCUGGACGGCAUCUGGAACUUUGUGAGGUCCGACCAGGCGAAUCCCACGCAGGGAGUGCGGGAUGAGUGGUAUGCCAAAGAGCUGAGCCAGAGCAGGCCGACGAUCCCGAUGCCAGUGCCCGCCUCCUAUAACGACAUAACCACGGAUAACUUGAGGGACCACGUGGGCACCGUGUGGUACGACCGGAAGUUCUUUGUGCCCCGCUCCUGGGCAAAGGACCAGAGGAUCUGGCUGAGGUUCGGCAGUGUGCAUUAUGAGGCUUAUGUGUGGAUCAAUGGUCAGAAGGUAGUGAAGCACGAGAUGGGUCACCUGCCCUUCGAGGCUGAGGUGACGGAUCUCCUGAACUACGGGGCCGAGAACCGGAUUACAGUGAUGUGCGACAACGCUCUGAUCCAGACGACUGUGCCGCAGGGCAGGAUCACGGAAGUGCCCAACGAUGGAGGGAUGACCAUUGUGCAGAGCUACUCCUUCGACUUCUUCAACUAUGCGGGGAUCCACAGGAGCGUGCAUCUGUACACCACGCCACGCACUUUUAUCGAGGAGGUUGAGGUCACCACAAACCUUUCGGGGGAUGCCAGUGUUGGCGAGGUCUUUUAUAGCGUUAGUGUGAAUGGAAGCGCAGCCAACGAGGCGGAUAAUGUCCUGCAAAUUCAGGCCAACCUGUACGACAAGGAAGGCAAAUUGGUGGCCAAUGCAACUUCGGACGGGAAACUGGGAGGCACGUUGCAAGUGAACCAGGUAAAACCGUGGUGGCCGUACCUAAUGCAUCCGGAACCCGGUUACCUGUACGAGCUGGAGAUCAAACUGCUGGCGACCAACGAGGAGCUCCUGGAUGUCUAUCGGCUCAAAGUGGGCAUACGCACUUUGAGUUGGAACAAAAAGCAGUUCCUAAUCAACGGCAAGCCCGUUUAUUUCCGUGGAUUUGGGCGACACGAAGAUGCGGAUAUCAGGGGCAAAGGUCUAGAUAAUGCCGUGAUGGUUCGGGAUUUCAACCUGCUUAAAUGGAUUGGAGCGAAUGCGUACCGCACCUCCCAUUAUCCCUAUUCCGAGGAGUCCAUGCAAUUUGCGGAUGAGCACGGAAUCAUGAUCAUCGACGAGUGUCCCAGUGUGGAUACAGAAAACUUCAGCCAGGAGCUGCUGGGCAAGCAUAAAUCGUCGCUGGAACAGCUCAUCCAUAGGGAUCGCAAUCAUCCGAGUGUAGUGAUGUGGUCCAUUGCCAAUGAACCCCGAACUGGCAGCAUGAGUGCGGACUCGUACUUCGAAUUGGUGGCCAAUUUCACACGCUCGUUGGAUAGUUCCCGACCCAUUACGGCUGCCAUUGCUGUCCCCCACACCCAGGACAAGGCGGGACGCUCUUUGGACAUUAUCAGCUUCAAUCGCUACAAUGCCUGGUAUUCAAACACCGGCCGCCUGGAUAUGGUUACCCAGAACGUGAUCGAUGAGGCCACCGCCUGGAACAAACAAUAUAACAAACCCAUUAUCAUGUCUGAGUAUGGAGCGGAUACCCUGGAGGGUUUGCAUAUGCAACCAGCUUACGUGUGGUCGGAGGAAUUCCAGACAGAGGUGUUUUCCCGUCAUUUCAAGGCCUUUGACGAGCUGCGCAAGAAAGGAUGGUUUAUUGGCGAGUUUGUGUGGAACUUUGCCGACUUCAAGACAGCUCAAAGCUAUACCCGCGUGGGCGGCAAUAAAAAGGGCGUAUUCACCCGCGCCCGUCAACCCAAAGCGGCUGCCCAUCUCCUCCGGAAGAGAUACUUUGCCUUGGGCAGGGACUUGGACCAAUGCAACUUCCCGGACGAUCUCUUCACCUACAUCGCCGACUUGAUAUCCUAAUGGAUAGAGAUUACCAUCCCCAGUAGUUGGCCGCUGUAAAUAAGCUUGUUAGCCAAGGAAAAUAGUAUCCUUGGAUACUGCCAUCAGCAUUUUUCCCUAAUUUCCAUUCCGCUGCAUUGCCCUGUACAAUAUUUUAUGAAUAGCUCCAAAUGAUUGUAUUUUUGUAUGUAUUUGUAAGCGUAAGAUAAUAAAUGAAAGUGCAUUAUUUAA